GCUGGACGGCGCAGGUGGGCGUGUAGAGCUGGGUUGCAUAGACUUGAGGGUCUGAGCGGCCUGCACUGCGCUGGUGAGAGGCUAUCCUUCGGAUCUGUGGCGCCGAGUCGCCAUGGAGAGCAGGUGCUACGGCUGUGCUGUCAAGUUCACCCUCUUCAAGAAGGAGUACGGCUGUAAGAACUGUGGUCGGGCCUUCUGUAAUGGCUGUCUUAGCUUCAACGCUCUGGUACCUCGGGCUGGCAACACUCAACAGAAAGUCUGCAAGCAGUGCCACGCCGUCCUGACCAGAGGAUCUUCUGACAAUACCUCCAAGUGGUCGCCACCUCAGAACUACAAGAAGCGUGUGGCAGCCUUGGAAGCCAAGAAAAAGCCCAGCACCCUCCAGAGCCAGGGCCUGACUCCACAAGACCAAGCCAUCGCUGAGCGCCUAGCGCGGCUCCGGCAGGAAAACAAGCCCAAGUCGGUGCCCUCACAAGCGGAGAUAGAGGCGAGACUAGCCGCACUGAAGGGUGAAGUCCAGGGCUCCAUCCCUUCCACAGAGGAGAUGGAGAACCGGCUUGCAGCAUUACAGGGCAGAGUGCUACCUUCUCACGCCGUGAGACCGGCACACCAGGCACCAGACACCAGGACCCAGGCUCAGCAGACGCAGGAUCUGCUCACACAGCUGGCAGCUGAGGUGGCUAUUGAUGAAAGCUGGGAACGAAGAGGCCCAGUGGCCUCCCUCCAGAAUGACCUCAACAAGGGAGGUACAAGGAACCAGCACACAGAUUCCCAGGGGCAGGCCAGCCCAUCCCUGGAGAAGGAGAAGAGCAGGUUGCUGGCUGAGGCGGCAGUUGAGCUACGGGAGGAGAACACGAGGCAGGAACGGUUCCUGGCUCUUGCCAAAAGAUUGGCUGUACUUCAGGGACAGGACCCCGACAGAGUGACCCUCCAGGACUAUCACCUGCCAGACAGUGAGGAGGAGGAGGAGGAAGAGACGGCCAUCCAGAGAGUCCUGAAGCAGCUCACUGAAGAAGCUGCCCUGGAUGAGGCAAGUGGCUUUAACAUCCCUGUGGAAGCAGCUCCCCGACCCCGGGCCCAACCCAGCAGGGCAGAGACUGAGACCCAGUCUCGGCUUCCUGGGCCCCAGGCUGAGGAAGAAGAGCUCCCCUGGUGCUGUAUCUGCAAUGAGGAUGCUGCCCUGCGCUGUGCUGGCUGCGAUGGAGACCUCUACUGUGCCCGCUGCUUCCGGGAGGGCCACGAUAACUUUGAUCUUAAAGAGCAUCAGACUUCUGCAUACCACCCCCGAACUGCUGGCCGAGAACACUGAGGAAAAACCCUGAUGACCUCCUGAGGUGGCAUUGCCACAGGCAGCCAGUGGACUGGCAUGGCCACCUGGGCCCAGUCUCGGCAUCCAUUGGGAGAGCAGAUCUGGCUCUACUGAUGGUAAACACAUCUCUUUUGAGCUUCACAGUCCUUGUAAGGAAGAAAAAGUCCAUUGAAGAUAAUGACUCUUAGAGGAGCCAGAGGAAAAGAGAAGUAAAGGCCUUCUUCCUAGAGGCUGGUCUGAAACUGAGAGGCAGAUGGAGAAGAGCAGACUGAACCUAAGGAGGAGCCCGGAAACCUGGUUCCAGGGCCCAGCCCUGGCCUAUAGUGGAUCUAAUAAAAAUAAGUUGUUCAAUCAUU